GUCAGCUGAGAACUGCACGUUCCAUUACGUGGAACUUAGUCCAGGAAAAGGGGAAGUAAAGUUCUGUUGGGAAGUUGAAUAUUGUGUCAUGUAUUAGUUUCGUAUUAAUAUCGAGAGAGUUUGAACUGGUCUUAUCGUACAAGUUGCAGAAAGCUGAAGUUUCAAGUUUACGGGUGAGAAUACAUACCAACUUAUCACCAUGGAUAUGGAAAUGAAUGCUGACGACAGAGAUGAUGGGAGUGAAAAUGGGGAUCCGUCGGCAGUGGGGAGUUCAGCUGGAACUGUCUUCUGUGUGCUUGAACGCGAUUAUGCAAGGAUAACGGAGGAGAUGAAGGGCAACGAGGCAUUGAGAGAAUAUUCGGAGGAGUACACACGACUGUUCGAAAUGCUGUACAAGUGUCGAAGGGACGAAGACGAAAUGAUGGAAAAAUUCCGCCAACUGCAGGACGAUGUCAUAGAUAAGACAGGCAGGGUUUACGAGCUCGAAAGAACUGCUGAGGGCCAAGUUGAAACGAUUGCUAAGCUUAAAGAGGAGAUCACUGCGGCUUCCAAGCUCGCUGAUGCGGCACAUACCCGUGAGCAGAAUGCUCAAGAGAUUAUUGAGAAUUCCCGACUGACUAUUUCCAAAUUGAAUCAAGAGAUUGAACAACGUAAUAGGCAACUUGCGCUUGAUGAUGAUAGCGCGGUGACCAAGCAGAAAGAUAGUCUCGUGAAGGAGAAAGAGAGAUUGACAAAUGAGGUGGAGACGCUAAAGCAACGAAUAAAAAGUAUGUCAAAGUAUACCGAGGAACUCGAGACAAAAGCCAAUGAUUGUGAUCAGCGGAUGAAUAAAAUGCAGGAGAACAUGGAUAUUCAAAUGAAUGAAAUAUCAAAGGAGAGAAUUAUUCGGGAGAGACUCGAAAAAGAACUUUUGAGUCUCGACGAGCAGAUUAAAGGGAAGAAUACACAAUUAGCGACAGCAAAUUCAGCAAUUAAAACAAUUACGAACAAUGCAGCAAAACUCGAGAACUCACUUAAAGAGCAAAAAAAUAGUAAUGAAAAACUGAGGAAGGAAGUGAGUAAACUAAUGGUCGCUAGAAUGAAUAUACAAACUGAAACGGACAAUGCGCACCGUAAAAUCGAGGAAAUGGAAAAGUUAGUCAAUGAGAAGAGUAAAAUGUAUAAAUUGCUGGAGCACGAGAUGAAGAGAUUGAAAGAGGAAAUGGCCAAGUGUAAAGCUGAGAGCAGUUGGGCAGCAAACAAGUACUUGAAAAUUGAUAUUGCUCGCUCUAAAGUUGAGAAGGACGCUCAAACUAUACGUCUCACACUCAAGAACACGGAGAUUGAGGUAGACUCACUCAAACGUCAGCUAGUGGAUGAAAAGAAAGCAACCGAAGCGGUAAUGCGAGAGAGAGAGACAGCGGCUAAGGUUGUACGUAACUUGAAAGAGACCCUGAGGAGGAUGGAACAAGUGAUGGAUGUGUGUGAACAAAGCAAGCGAAAAAUUGAAUCGGAAUUGGAGGAGGCAAUGCAGAUACUCACCGCUUCCAGUAAAAGAAUCCAAAUGCUGGAGACAGAACGUGAUAAAUAUUGUCACGAGAUAAAACAACUGCAUCAGCAGACGAGUCAUUAUACGGAUCAAGUGAAAUUGAAGGACAUGGAAAUCUUGGAAUUCAAGAACCAGUUAUCGGAUUUGGAGAGUAAUUUUCGUCAGCAACAGAAUCUCUUUGAAGCUGUCAGAGCUGAGAGAAAUGCGUACAGUAAAAAUUUGACAAUUGCUAAAGAUGAUAUAACGGAGUUGCGGGAUAAAAUGAAACUCAUGAAUGGGCAGAUUGAACAACUCAAAGAGGAUUUAACAACUAAGGAGACUAACUCAACUAAAGCUGAAUUUCUGCUGAGCAAAGCGGAAAAAGAAAAGGAAGCAGCGCGACACGAGGCGCAGUCACUUCGUAAAGAUUUAUUUGACUUGAGAAGGGACAUAGAGGAGCGAAUAAAGGAGGAAAAAUGUCUGAGGAAUACCGUCAAAAUGGCUGAUAUGGACAUAAAUCGUCUCAAGAAAGAAAUCGAUGCUGUCAUGAAUGAGCGAAAUAUUUUGGGAACACAAUUGGUGAGGAGAAACGAUGAGCUGAGUCUGCAGUACAGCAAAAUUAAAAUUCUCCAUGGAACUAUUUCACGGGGUGAGGCUGAGCAUGUGAGGAAGUUAGAGGACAUUAAACUCUUGAAAUCGGAAGUGACAAAGUUGAGAACUGAAAAAGAUAUAUUGUCCAAGAAUUUAAACAACAUUAGCGAUCUACGCGUUGAGAUAUUUCACUUGAAUCGAGAUUUAACGAGGGAAAGACGGAAAGUCAUAGCAUUGGAGGAGCAAGUCCAGAAUCCACUGAACAUUCACCGCUGGAGAAAACUGGAGGCUUCAGAUCCAAGUACUAUGGAACUACUCAAGAAAGUUCAGAUACUUCAAAAACGCAUCCUCAAAUUGAGCAGUGAGUUGAUAGAAAGGGAUGAAAAAAUCAAGGAAACAGAAAAAUUGUAUAUGGACCUGCGGGAAAUGCUGUCAAAGCAGCCGGGACCCGAGUUGAUAGGCAACUUUGAUAAAACUCAAAAAGCGUUGCGGCAACGUGGCAAGAAGAUGAAGUGUGUAGUAGCAGAACUCAAUAUGUGGGAGACACGUGCGAACGAGUACAAGUACGAGUUGGAAAGUGCGAUGAAGGAGCUGCGUGACUUGAAAAUUAAAUACUACACAUUGAAGAGAAAAGAGGAAAAGUCGAGGGACUCGAUCGUUCCAAAGGACACGUGCGACAGUUCACUUCCAACCCUCUCACCAAGUAACAAGAAAUUCUGUGGCGGUGGUUUCACCAUGACAGUAUCACCAACACGAAAUUGCUACAGUCUCGAGUCAAUCGCUAAAUAAAUUUCCGUAUGGCUUCUCAAAAUGACAUUUCCCCUCCUCUUUUCUUUCUUGCAAAUAUUUACCAUUUCCAAUGAGACGAAUACGACGCAAAAUAUACUUUCAUAAGGUUAGAGAGUAGACGUUGAUGUUGGUCGUAUGCCAGUCGUGUUCUCGGGGCUGAGAGUGAAGCUAUAAAAUCUCCAAUACGCGAAGCUUCAGUAUGUGGAAAAGAAAUGCAGAGAAAUGAAACAUUCUAGCUCAUAUUCUCUUACAUGACUUCUGUAACAAAGAAGAACAAAAUGGAGUACCUGUUACAAUUUUUUUACUUUAGUUUCUUUCAAUUCCAUCCUAUCGUCUAUUAUUUUGACUGAGGAAAUGAGAAAUUAAAGAAAUUAAUCUUGUAACAUUCCUCAUAAAUUUUCAAAUUGACAUAAUAUUCCCAAUAAUGGCAGAGUAAACAUCAGCGAUAAACAAUUAUAUCGGAUUAAUUCAGAUCAUCCACAUGUAAUCGUGCCACAUCCAUUCAAACUGUCAAAUACCUGAAGUAUUCUGAUCUUCAUUAAAACAGCUUUGUGCGCUUCACAAACCAUUACUUGCUUUGCCGAUCUCCACCACAAUCAUCCUAUACAUGAGCUCGUUAUCACCUGUGUAAUAAUCCUAAUGAUGCCGUUACAUAUCCAUGGAAUCGGCCCCGCAGCUACUCAAUACCGUAGUUAAUGUGCGCGAAGCGGUCAAAUCAAACCUCUCCCAUUGGAUUCCACAACAGAGAAAUCAUCGAAUAAUUAUAUUACCCCAUUAAACUAUGUUUCACUAUCAAAAUAUCCAGCGAAACAAUUAAUCUCACCGAAAACCUUUGAACCUUCAAUUGAAUAUUUUUCUUCGUCACCUCUCAGUUAUCCUAAUAAUUUGAGUGGAUAGAAAUAUUUCUAGACACUCCUAAUACUGUUAGCCAUUGGUAG